UUACUACCACACCAAAGGCUCUCAUUUUUACACCUAAAACACCACCCCUUCUUACACUACAAAAUCAAUACCAAAGUAACACCACACCAAUUUCAAAAGUUUCCAAAUAGCACAACACAACAUAACCCUUUUUGCUAGACCAUAACUUGGCUAAGCAAAUGGCAAUGGCAACCUCUUCAAUCCCAACAACCGGGUUCAAAAACGCCGGUCUCGGAACUUCAUUCGCCUCCGGUGAGAACUACGGUAUGCUAGUGAAAUCGGUCUCGUCUCAGGCUCGAGUCCCGAGCCGGCCAACCCGAGCACAACCCAUGAUGAAGAAUGUCAAUGAAGGGAAAGGUCUCUUUGCUCCUCUUGUGAUGGUGACUAGGGACAUUGUUGGCAAAAAGAGGUUCAAUCAACUUAGAGGAAAAGCCAUUGCUCUUCACUCACAAGUAAUCACAGAGUUUUGCAAGUCAAUAGGAGCAGAUGCCAAGCAAAGACAAGGCUUAAUUCGAUUGGCGAAGAAAAAUGGAGAAAAAUUGGGAUUUCUUGCAUAAUUCAAGAACAUACUUGUUACAAACUUUUGAUGAAAAUUUGUUUAGAAAUAUGUCAUCUAGGCAUGUUGAAAACUCUGUGUAAAAGUUUAUAUACAUUAAUUUUAUGAUAUAGAUGUAUUUUGUAGAUUUUAUAUUGCAUUUGCCAAUUUUGAGCUCA